UUUGUCCACCAUAUAUAUUCACCAAAUUAUGUCUCAAUGUUGUUGUUGCUGUUACUCGGUAAUGGGGUUUCUUAAGGUUGAUUUGGACCUGGGCAACUAUGAACACUUCCUAGAUGUGACUCUUACUAGGGAUAACAACAUGACCACUGGCAAGAUAUAUCAGGGAGGGAGACACCAUCAGUUGCUGGAAUCAUUAACCCAGGUUCUGAGGGAUUUCAGAAGCUAUUUUUCGGUCAAGAUGAAGUCGCCAUACCAGUGCACUCAAACAUUGAAGCAUCAUGCGCCGCACAUCCUACUGCUGAUGUUUUAAUCAACUUUGCUUCAUACAGAAGGGCAGUGAUUAUUCUAUGAGUAGUGUUUUGGAGUGCGAAACUUUUAUGGUUGUACCUAACGAUGAAUGUAUGUUGAUAUAUGUGCAAUGCUGCUGCUUCUUCCAUGGCUGCUCUCAAGCAACCAACCAUUAGAGUUGUGGCAAUUGAUCGCAUGUGC